UUGUCAUGUAUAUUAUUUGUGGCUCUGUUAGCGAUAGUAUAUUCACAGACCACUCCACUCUUCCCAGUGGCAUGUGAGCUGAACGUGCUCAUUGUCCUCGACAGAUCAGAUUCAGUCAAAGGUGGCUUCAAUAAAAGCCGAAAAUUCGUCACAGAUGUAUCUGAGGAGCUUCAGAUUGGGCCACGUACUCAUCGGGUGGCUAUGAUUGUUUAUUCUGGUCUGAAUUAUCGUCGAGAGAUUUAUCCAUGGAACUUUGCCAAAACUAACGAAGAGUUCGUGAGGAUCACAAAUGACUUACGAGCAAUCGGAGGAACAACAAAUACAAAAAAAGCUCUCGAAGUUGGAAUUGAGUUGCUGAAUCAACGGAAUGUGAGCAUUCCAACACUUGUUUUGGUUGUUACAGAUGGAAGGUCUGCAGACGAUCCUAAGGGACCGGGACAGCAAAUACAGCGCAUGCCGAACACAUGGGUGUUCGCGGCUGCCACUGGAGAUCCGGAAAAAGUUGAUAAGCGAGAGCUGAUGGACAUAACUGGCAAUAUUAACCAUAUAGUACUUCAUCGUGGUCGCGAUCUCGCCACAGACAUCACCAGACGGCUGCUCCGGCAAGCGCAGGAGAAGUGCCGCACGACAACAACCACCACUACGACUACCACCACAACCACAACGACUACAACCACCACCACUAAUCCAAUCACUGGAUGUGAAAUGGAUCUGGUACUUGUGCUCGAUUUCUCCACAACAACCGAUCCUGUAUACAAAUUUUAUAAGGAAAUGUCUCAAAGGCUAGUUGGUUCCCUCCGAAUCAGCCCUUACCAUACUCAGGUAGCAGUCGUGACCUUUGCCAAUGUCGGUCGGACCAGGACAAAGUUCAAUUUGAAACGAUACAAGUCUAAGGAGGAGGUUAUAAAAGCUAUCGGUGAAUUGGAAAGCCGUGGAGGCACGACUGCCAUAGGUGAGGCAAUCAGAGAAGCUGCUAAACAAGCUCAGAAAAGGGAAGGAGCCAGACCAGGAAUCGCUACAAAGGUAAUGGUGGUGUUCACUGACGGCUGGAGCAAUAAAGGACCUGAUCCAGAGGCGAUGGCUAAAGAAGCCACUGCGAUGGGAUAUGAAAUUUACUCCGUGUCUUAUACGGGUCACGUUGAGAACGCUGUGACGAUCAACCACUAUACGUUGGAAGCUGUAGCAAAGGAUCCACAGCAUAGUUAUACUGAGAAAAACUUCGAUGAAUUAAUCAACAAGGUCCGACAACGAAAUCUAAAAUGCUUGUGA